GUUCAUGAAGGUUUUGACUGGAAUUUUAUCAUUUUUUUAGCUCUCAAGUUUCAACCGUAUCCCGUUUCGUCUAUUUCUCUGCCAUUGCGUCGUCGUGAAGAUCAAUUUUAUCCUUCGGUUACUCGUUUGUGGAGAACGAACGAUGAGCUCCCACACUUCCGCCGAAGACUGUCUCGGUUGGGCUGCAACAGAUUCGUCUGGGUUUCUAUCUCCUUACAAAUUCAGCCGCAGGGUUCUUGGAGAUUAUGAUGUCUCAAUUACAAUAACGCAUUGCGGAAUUUGUUAUGCAGAUGUAAUAUGGACAAGAAAUAAACAUGCAGAUUCAAAGUAUCCUUUGGUGCCUGGGCAUGAGAUUGCAGGAAUUGUGAAAAAUGUUGGCUCAAGUGUUCACCGAUUCAAAGUUGGAGAUCAUGUUGGGGUAGGAACCUACGUGAAUUCUUGCAGACAAUGUGAGUAUUGCGAAGAUGGUCAAGAAGUUAGUUGCACAAGUGGAUCCAUUUAUACUUUUAAUGCAAUUGACGUUGAUGGUACAAUUACAAAGGGAGGAUAUUCCAACUACAUAGUUGUCCAUGAGAGAUACUGCUAUAGAAUACCCGACAAUUAUCCAUUAGCUUCAGCUGCUCCUUUGCUUUGUGCUGGAAUUACUGUUUAUGCUCCGAUGAUUCGGCAUAAGAUGAAUCAACCUGGUAAAUCUCUUGGUGUGAUUGGACUUGGCGGUCUCGGCCACAUGGCAGUGAAGUUUGGGAAGGCUUUUGGACUGAAUGUGACGGUUUUUAGCACUAGCAUAUCCAAGAAAGAACAUGCCCUGCGUCUUCUUAAAGCAGACAAAUUCGUUAUCUCAUCCGACAAAGAGCAAAUGGAGGCCUUGUCUAAGUCCCUCGACUUUAUUAUCGAUACUGCCUCUGGUGAUCACCCAUUUGAUCCAUACAUGUCUACGUUGAAGAUUGGUGGCGUUAUGGUUUUGGUCGGGUUUCCUUCUGAAGUCAAGUUCAGUCCUGCAAGCCUGAAUUUGGGUUUGAGAACCAUUUCUGGUAGCAUAACUGGUGGCACUAAAGUGACCCAAGAAAUGAUAGAUUUCUGUGCUGCUAACGGUAUCUAUCCCAACAUAGAAGUGAUUCCAAUUCAGUACUCAAAUGAAGCUAUCGAAAGGGUAAUAAAGAAUGAUGUCCAGUAUCGAUUUGUAAUUGAUAUCCAAGGCUCCCUGAAAUGAAGUUGAGAGAGACAAAACGGAUGUAUUCUGCAUUUCAGUGUCAACAAAUCCUUGCCUGCGGCUGCGGUUGCGGUUCAAAUAAAGACUCGGAAUGAUAAAGAAUGCUCCUACCAGCCCUGAAAAGACAACAAUUUCGGAAAACAGGGUUAGCACCUUGGCUUCAAAUUCAAUUAAAUGCAAAAAAUAAUGUUGUACCUGCCUGAACGAAGCCAAUAUGAGAAAACAAAUGCAGAGAAUAUGGCCACAAAUAUUAGGUGUAGGGGACUGAACAUUGAAGUAAAAACUGGCCCGUUGCGGCUGAUGCACCAAGUGUGUAGUAACCGUGGUAUUAAAUAUCUAUUGACAUGUCUGUGUAUCCAUGGAUUUGACAACUUAUUGACAUUUUUAUAAUAUUACAAAAAAA